UUAAAAUGAAGCUUUGUUGAAUCCCAGGAACGAGCCACCAAGCCGAAUAUAUUAAACCUGAGAUCUAACUUCAACUUCACUGUUCGAAACCCAGAAAAAAAAAAUGGGAACCAAAGAAGAAAGAAAAAAAUGGAUGAAGAGAAGGGAAAUAUGGCUAGUAAUAGUAGGCGUGAUUCUCCAUGCUGUUUAUAUGUUGAGCAUAUUUGAUAUCUACUUCAAAACCCCAAUUGUUCACGGCAUGGAUCCUGUUCAUCCUCGCUUUAAUCCUCCUGCUAAGCGUCUGGUUCUCCUCGUUGCGGAUGGUUUACGUGCUGAUAAGUUUUUUGAGCCGGAUGCCAGUGGAAAUUAUAGAGCUCCAUUUUUGAGGAAUAUAAUCAAAAACCAAGGUAGAUGGGGAGUUUCCCAUGCUCGGCCACCCACAGAAUCAAGGCCUGGGCAUGUUUCUAUUAUUGCUGGUUUCUAUGAGGAUCCUAGUGCAGUCACAAAAGGAUGGAAAGCUAAUCCAGUUGAAUUUGAUUCAGUGUUUAACCGAAGCAGACAUACAUUUGCUUAUGGUAGCCCUGAUAUAAUCCCAAUUUUUUGUGGUGCUUUGUCACACAGUACAUGGAAGACCUACCCUCACGAGUUUGAAGACUUUGCAACAGAUGCUUCCUUUUUGGAUGAGUGGUCUUUUGAACAAUUUAAGAGCCUCUUGAAUAGGUCCAAUGAAGACCCAAAGUUGAAGGAGUUACUUCUACAAGAUAAUCUUGUUUUCUUUUUGCAUCUUCUUGGCUGUGAUUCAAAUGGUCAUGCUCAUAGGCCUUAUUCAUCAAUCUAUCUCAAUAAUGUCAAGGUUGUGGACCACAUAGCGGAACGUGUUUAUGAUCUUCUUGAAGAUUAUUAUAAGGACAACAGUACGGCAUAUGUGUUUACAGCUGAUCAUGGAAUGAGUGAUAAAGGUAGUCAUGGAGAUGGACAUCCUUCAAACACUGAUACUCCCCUAGUGGUUUGGGGGGCAGGCGCCAAAUAUCCCAAGCCAAUAUCUACUGCCAAUCACCCAAAUCAUGAAUUUCAUUUUGUUGAUGAACAUGCCCAUGACAUGCCAACACCUGUAGAUUGGGGACUAAAUGGCAUCGAAAGGGUGGAUGUAAAUCAAGCUGAUAUUGCACCGCUCAUGUCUACAUUUCUUGGUGCACCUUGUCCUGUCAACUCAGUUGGAAAUUUACCACUUGAAUAUAUUGAUUUUGUUGAGGCAGAUGAAGUUGAAGCUGUGUUGGCCAAUACAAAGCAAAUCCUCAACCAAUUUCUUCGCAAAUCAGAAAUAAAGCAGGCAAACUCAUUAAAUUUCAAGCCUUUUAAACCACUGGCUGAUUAUUCCUCCCAGUUAGACCUCAUUGAGCAUUUGAUAUCUUCAAGGGACUAUCAAAAUGCAAUGACUAGGACUGAAAAUCUAAGAACCUCGGCGCUGCAAGGACUUCAUUACUAUCAAACUUAUGACUGGCUGAUGCUGAUGACUGUAAUAACUCUCGGGUAUCUCGGCUGGAUGGUCUGCCUGAUUCUCCACGUGCUCCAAUCAUAUACUUCAUUAGCAAGAAAUGUGUUCAAGGAGCAAGCUGCACAGCAGAAAAAUAAAACUGGAAAAGUGUAUGUCUUUGGAUGCCUGGUGAUGGGAGUAAUUUCUGUUCUAUUAUUUCGGGAGCGCUCUCCUCCUCUGUACCAUGCAUAUAUUGCAAUGACAGUUUUUCUUUGGACUCAUACAUUCAGUGAACAUCAGUUUGUAAGAGCACUGUGGAGGCACUUAACUGGGAAAAAAAUUGGUUAUGCAAUUAAACUUUUUGCUGCCUGUUCUGUAUCAAUAGUAAUCCUUGAAUUUUUGGUGAAUAGCUUUACAGACAGAAAACUGUAUACGUGGUGCUUUUUAAUUGUUGGAGCAAUGGCUUUUCUUUAUCUUUACAAAUCAAUUCCGUGGAGAUCCGGGAUACCAAUUUUUGUGUGCAUUUCUUGUUGGUGUCUGUCUGUUUUUACUUUGAUGCCAGCAGAAAUUCCAGACAAUAAUGAACUAGUAAUUGCAAGUGGAGUUAUUGUUAUCAUGGUUGGAGCAGCUGCAAGGUGGCUAGAUAAGCACUCUGAAGGGAAUAAGUAUUGGUUAACAAUCUGUAAUCAUGGAGCAGAGAAACCCAGGUUCCAUAUGCUAUUUUACUUACAGACUUUUUUGGUCGGACUAUCAUCAGUUAUGGUGUCAAUAUCAACUUCUCACAGGACAGAGAAACAAGCACUGCAUACAUUUCACCAGCUAAUAAAUUGGUCACUUGCUGGUUUAUCAAUGAUUCUCCCACUUUUCUCAGAGCAUAGCGCAUUGUCACGACUUACUUCCAUAUUUCUUGGUUUUGCUCCUACAUUCCUUCUUCUAUCUAUAGGAUAUGAAGCUGUUUUUUAUGCUGCUCUUUCCCUUGUACUUGUGGGAUGGAUACUAUUUGAGAACACACUUCUCCACUUGACCAAGGGGAGAAAGUCAUCUGCUUCCAUUAGAAACCUGGAAGAACAUGCUGCACUGGAAAAUGACAGAUGCUUACAACUUUCUGAUAUCAGAAUUCCAAUAGCUUUUAUGGUUUUAUUCAAUGUUGCUUUCUUUGGAACGGGGAACUUUGCAAGCAUUGCAAGUUUUGAGAUUUCAUCUGUGUAUCGGUUCAUCACUAUCUUCAGUCCUUUUCUGAUGUCAGGCCUUCUUAUUUUCAAGCUGUUCAUACCAUUCAUGCUCGUCAUAUGUGCUUUCAGUGCAAUAACUAAACUAAUUCGAGUUCCGCGAAUGGGAUGUUAUUUUCUGGUUAUAUUAUUCUCAGAUGUGAUGACUAUCCACUUCUUCUUUCUGGUCCGAAAUACAGGAAGCUGGAUGGAAAUCGGUAACAGCAUUAGCCAUUUCGGAAUUAUGAGUGCUCAAGUUGUGUUCGUGUUGUUGCUUUUUGCCCUCACAAAUAUAUACACAAAAGACAUCCAAAUUAGAUCAGAUAGUUCCUCCUCUUGGAAAGCAGCAUAAUUUUACUUGAAUCUGAAAUUCUUGAGUUGCAUAUCAUUUUAAGGUGAGCUUUUGCAUUCUUAUAUAGAUGAUCUAACAGCUACUUCCUUUUUCAAUUAUUAUCGCCUUUUGGCCAUUAAUUCUUAUUCGAUUCUUGUAAAUUCAUGAGAAUUAGACCAAUUGAAACAAUGUAAUUUUUAACUUUCUAAUUCAAUUUUGCAGAAUUUUAACAUGUUA